CUCACAGAAGGUCAACUGCGUCGAUAUCUCUGGGGACAGCACCCUGCUGGUGAGCGGGUCAUGGGAUGGUACAGUGCGAAUAUGGAGCUUGGAAACAGGCAAACUCGUGGCUGGUCCAAUCAAAAGUGCCGACUGGGUGGGGGCAGUUCGAUUCUCGCAAGACUUGAAGAAGCUCGCAGUCAAAUCAUUGUGGGGGAAAUACCUUGAAGUGUGGGAUAUCCAAUCAUGGAAUUUGGAUGUUUACACUGGGGAAAUGGGGGGCUCGAAUUGUGUUCAUGUGCCAGUGUUUUGGACUACCAGAAACACCAUCGUAACCGCACUCAGAUUUCCAGACACCCGAAAUAGCGUGAUCUAUGAAUUUGACGCGCCUACCCUGAAGACUAUCAGACCCACCUUUGAAGGACACACCGGACCAAUAAUCGAUCUAGCACUUUCACUUGACUGCGCUCUCCUUGCCAGUGCUUCCUCUGACAACACCAUCAAACUCUGGGACUUCGAGUCCCGCCAGCUCCUCGCCUCAUUCAAGAUUUUGUCUAUCUACCGCCUUAUCCUCUCACCCGACUCGCGCCAACUAGUUUACACCACCCGGCACAACUCCGACAUCAUUUAUUUAUGCAAUACUCCCCCUGAGAUCCUCACUAGCAUUCAACCUGUACCACAAGUCAGAACUAGUGCUCCUAAAAUCCUAUUACCCCUCGCUGAUUCUCGCGCUCUCUCUAUCACCGCGAACCAAUCCAGUUAUGAGGCCCCGCCAAAUGUGCAACAGAACCUUCCUUACCCCCGUCGUUAUGCAAGGUCGGAAUACUGGAGUGACAGACAAGUCAGAACCCCUCGCAUACAGCCUACCGAGACGCGACUGCUUGCUCGCAUCUUGCAGCGGCGUGCUGGCAUGCGAUCGUUAACUCAUAAGACGUUGGGGAAACCUUACGAACUAGGAUUCCAGCUACUGCGCCAGGACGCAGUGCAUUCUGACGCAGGACCCACAGCAGAUCUCCCAAGUAUAACGAUAUCGCCUCAUAUAUCACAGACACUCUCUUCUACAGUAGGUUCACGGCUGCCCCAGUUACCCUCUGACCUCAACGAGCUCCUUCCCUCCUCUUCCCAUACGCAUACAGUCACCUCUGCUCAUCAUGAUAAGCUUCACUAUCUGCCCCCUGAAGCGAUGCUUCAAAACCUCACGGGAUAUAUCACAAAGGACGAAGAAUACCCUGUUGCUCGUGGCGGGUUUGGGGAGAUCUGGAAAUGCACCUUCUACACCAAUCGUAGACCAAUCAAAGUUGCAGUGAAAGCAUUGCAAGUGUACGCCGCCGAUCAACUUGGCGCAGCAAAGACAAAAAAGAACAAGAGGAUAAUACGUGAACUCAGAAUAUGUGCCAACCUCAAGCAUCCGAAUAUUCUACGUGUUUAUGGUUAUACGCAUGACUUCGGCCCAUUUAUAGCGAUAGUCAGCCCUUGGGCGGGGAAUGGCAACCUGACGGACUAUUUGGAGCUCAAGGGCGUGGCUCUUACUCUUGUUAGAAGAUUCCGGAUCCUCAAGGAUAUUAUAGCUGGUCUGCAAUAUCUUCAUACAAACAGUGUCAUCCAUGGUGACUUCACUGGGCCUAACGUGCUGAUCCUUGAUGAUGACACUGCAUGUGUUGCCGACUUCGGUCUUUCCUUGAUGUAUUCCGAGGUCAUAAGCGCUUCUCAGGCUUCCUGGACGUCUACGUUCAAAGGAAACAUGCGCUGGAUGGCCCCUGAGCUGCUUGUAGAGCGGGAGGAUGGAUCUCAAGUCCGGCCAAGCGAGCAGAGCGACAUGUAUUCAUUCGGCGGGAUCAUGCUGCAGGUCCUGACUAACAAAGUGCCCUAUUAUCACCUCACGAAUGAUGCCGCCAUCAUACUCUGCAUAGCCAAGUCGCAAACGCCUUCUCGAUCUCGUUAUCCUGAGCUCCCUGAAAAAUACUGGCAGUUGAUAGAGCAAUGUUGGUCUACUCAUCCUCAGGACCGCCCAUCGACGGAGGGAGCUGAUGUGACGAUCAGGAAUGAAUUUUACUCGCUGUCGAGAUCUGGUUGAUUCUUGGAUUGUUUUCUGUAUAACAACUCAUUUACGGUAUAACUAGAUGGACAUCACGAGGGGAUGGUAUGCUGAACGUAGUCUCAACUACAGACUUGUCUUGGGAUGUAAUAUCAUAAUAUACUGAACGUACUAGUACCGCAUGCACUAGUACUCGCAUCGUCGCGGCAGACCUCACAUAUGUGCGAUAUAUUGUCC